UAAUAAAAUUAAUAAGAAUGGGCACGGACUCCGGAGAGGACAUUUCUCCAUGCUCACCCAUAUCUUCCUUUCCUCUAUAUAAGUACCCAGCUUAGCAACAAAAGAGUAGCACCACAGAUACUGCUACCUGUAUUGCUACUACUGCUAUUGUGGCAACCAUGACAUUCACCAACUUGCUCAAGUUCUCCUCCUUCACUCUCCUUGCCCUAACUCUCCUCCACCGCUUCCUCCCAUCCCCCCCACUCCUCUCCUCGCUUUCCCACCGCCACCACCUCCUGCUCCUCCUCUCCUUCCUCUCCUGCACCCUCCUCUACCUCUACACCCGCCGCCGCCCCCUCCCCGUCUUUCUCUUCGACUACUCGUGCUACCUCCCCGAACCCGAACGCCGCAGCCGCCGCUUCUCCCACUCCACCGCCGACUUCAUGCGCGCCAUCUUUCUCAAAUCCGGCCUCGGCGACGAGACCUACGCUCCCCCCUAUAUCUUCCAAGAGGACUACGACGCCAAGUUCCGCUACGCCUUCCAAGAGGCCGAGGAGGGCAUGUUCUCCGCCGUCUCCUCUCUCCUCUCCAAGACCGGCAUCCCCCCCUCCGACAUCUCCGUCCUCAUCGUCGCCUGCAGCAUGUUCAGCCCCGUCCCAUCCCUCUCUUCCUUCCUCGUAAACCACUUCAACUUCGACCCUUCCGUUAAGACCUACAACUUAUCCGGCAUGGGGUGCAGCACCGGCACCACGUGCUGCGACCUCGCCGCCAAGAUCCUACGCAGCAAGCCCGGGCACGCUCUCAUCGUCGUCACCGAGAACAUGAGCUUGAACUGGUACUUCGGCGAGAACCGCCACAUGCUCGUCACCAACUGCAUCUUCCGCGUCGGCACCGCGGCCAUGCUCCUGACCAGCGACCCAAUCCGGCGCUGCUCCGCGAAGAUGGAGCUCGUGCGCGCGCUGCGGACGCACCACGGCGCGGAGGACGCGGCCUACAACGCGGCGGUGCAGAUGGAGGACGAGGACGGCAGCGUCGGCGUGUCGCUCAGCAAGGACCUCGUCCGCGUGGCCGGGGCCGCGCUGCGCCGCCACAUCUCCACCCUGGCGCCGCACGUGCUCCCUGCGUCGGAGCUCCUGCGGUAUGCGUGGAACGUUGCGAGGUCGUAUGCGGCGGGGGAUCAUAAGACGGUGCACGUGCCGGACUUCACGAAGGCGUUCGAGCACAUAUGCAUACACGCUGGGGGGAAGGCGGUGAUCGACGCGGUGGGGAAGCUGAUGAAGUUCUCCGCGGAGGUGACGGAGCCGGCGAGGAUGUGCCUGCACCGCUUCGGGAACACGUCGAGUAGCUUGGUGUUCUACGAGCUCGCCUACUUUGAAGCGAAGGGGAGGAUAAAGAAGGGGGAUAGGGUGUGGAUGUUGGCGUUCGGAACGGGGUUUAAGGCGUGUAGUGUGGUGUGGAAGGCUCUUCGGGACUCCGGGAUGGACUCGGAUAGCCCGUGGCAAGAGUGCAUCCAUAGAUACCCCGUUAAUUAAAAAAAGAAAGUUAUCGCCUGCACCCGAUGCACCCUACCCUAUAUUACCCCGUGCAUGCGUACCAUGCAUUCGUCAACUCUCAAAUCCUCUGAGGCCUAAGUUUGAAAACGUGGUGAAAAACAAAACUUGGAGAAUACUUCAUAACUUUUCCCAUUCCAUACUAUAAAAUUGCGAUAUAAACCAUCGCUGUGUACUCUUUUUUAUGUAGUAGUGAUCUUUGCUACCAAAUUAUUGUGUCGUAAAAAAAAAAAAAAAAAAAAAAAUCCAAGUUAUUCCGAUCCCCUCUAGAUUGUCAAAACACCUGUGUUUAUCUACCACAUUGUAAACCAGGCUUCAGUUUUAUUCUGAAUUCCUAUCGUCCGUUGUCUUACGUUGUAUUUUUUUGGUAAAAGUUAGAUUGCAUGAUUCGGGUGCAGUGCACAGAUGUAGACGGGGAGAGACAUGGGAAUGAAUGGUUGAAUUUGAAUUAUUUCUGCAAUAAAGCGUCUUAUGUACUACACUAUAUCAUCCAAUAUUAUCUACUAGUGCUUUCCGUA